AAAGGCGCCUCCGGAGGGUUUGCUCAGCUGGAGCGACCGAGCGGUGCCAGGCCAGGUGUGCGCGUCCGUCGGUCCUUCCGUGCUCACGCCGGAGACCAGCUCCGGAGGCCGCCUGGGCCCAUCCCUGCGCCCGGCACCAUGAAGCAGGAGUCUGCAUCCUUGAACACCCCGCCCCCCUCGCCGUCCCCUGCGCAGUCCGCACAUCCUUCCCGAGACGACGGCGACCCCCAAGCGCUGUGGAUUUUCGGGUACGGCUCCCUAGUGUGGAGGCCCGACUUCGCCUACAGCGACAGCCGUGUGGGCUUCGUGCGCGGCUACAGCCGCCGUUUCUGGCAGGGAGACACCUUCCAUCGGGGCAGCGACAAGAUGCCUGGCCGUGUGGUGACCCUCCUUGAAGAUCAUGAGGGCUGCACUUGGGGCGUGGCAUACCAGGUGCGAGAUGAGCAGGUAAGCGAGGCCCUGAAGUACCUGAAUGUGCGGGAGGCAGUGCUUGGCGGCUAUGACACCAAGGAAGUCACCUUCUAUCCCCAAGAUGCCCCUGACCAACCACUCAAGGCAUUGGCUUACGUGGCCACCCCACAGAACCCUGGCUACCUGGGCCCUGCGCCCGAGGAGGCCAUUGCUACGCAGAUCCUGGCCUGCCGGGGCUUCUCUGGCCACAACCUCGAGUACUUGCUGCGUCUGGCAGACUUCAUGCAGCUCUGUGGGCCUCAGGCACAGGACGAGCACCUGGCAGCCAUCGUGGACGCUGUGGGUACCAUGCUGCCCUGCUUCUGCCCCACCGAGCGGGCCCUGGCUCUGGUCUGAAGGGCUGAGCUCCUGUGGAGAGUGCCCAUGUGGACAUCAGGGCCAGACGCCCACUGCAGCGUACAAUACAGACUUGAGACAGCCCCCUGAAAGGACAUGGUGGGUGGCUGGGGCUUCUCUAGCUGAGCCCCCGCCUCUGCCUGUCUGCCAACCUCCAGCUCUCCUGCUUGGCACUGACUUACUACUUGAAACUUAUUUAUUGCACCAUGUUGGUGUGGUGGGCAGGGUGGGGGGCCUGCCCUGGACACAGGGGCCCUGCUGAGCAGCGGCCCCGCCCCUGGCACCUGACCAGAUUCCCCCCAGUGCUGCUGCUAACUCCACACCACCCAGGCCUCCAUCUUCCCAAGGAGUCUCCGAGAGCCUUGAUCCUCUCUGCCCACUAGACCAACCAUUCCAUAGCCCCGGAAGUUCCACCCGCCAAAGGCCCCAGCAUGCCGGACGAGGGACAGCAGGGGGUGAGGAGGGAGCCCCACAAGGACUGGGGCUCCCGGCAACCCUGCUCCUUCACCAGUUCCCCAGGGUGGAGCUGGAUCCCGUACCUGGAUGCAACUACUGAGACGGCCUGGGCCUCUUACCCAUUUGGUUUUGUUUCCCCGUCCCUCUGUCUGUCUGCCUGCUUGUCUGUCUGCGCCACUCUUGUCUGUCUGUUGGUCUCUUCCUGGGAAGCUCAUCACUACAGGCCUUGACACCUUCCCUGUGUGUCCCACACUGUUACCCAUAAACCGAUCUCUUUAUCUGUGC